CAAGGAAGACGCCGCCCUGUGCACGGCAUGGUGCGCUACGUCGCAGAACCCAAUCGCAGGGGCCGAUCAGAAGGCGGACAACCUUUGGACACUAAUCUUGCAGUCAUACCGUACGAUAGUACCAGGAAGCAAGCGCUCUCUCAUCGCCUUGAAAAACCGAUGGUCAGACAUCAAUCGAGAGGUGAACCGGCUUGUUGGUUGUUUGGCUGUUGUUGUUGGGCAAAACGAAAGUGGGAAAGCAGAAGAAGACAGAUUUGAAGACGCUCUGAAGUUAUACGAGGCUCGUCAAGGAGAGGAGUUUUCUUUUGCUGCUGCAUACGAAGUACUUAAGAGCCAACCGAAGUGGACGGCGAGUGUGAACAAGAAGCGACCUGCCGGUGGAAAUGCUGCUGAAACGAGGGAUGCCAAGCGUCCCCGAGGUGCAAAAGCUGCGAUCCAAUCGCUGAAGGAGGGGAAACUGCUUGAGAUGCAGUACGCUGUGUCUAGGUCGCUCGAAAGAUCAAUGGAGCGCAAGAACGACAUUUUGAGCGAGUGGGCAAGCAUCGAAGUCUUCAACAUGCCCGAUGCUGACCCUGAUCAACGCGCUCAGUUUUUCAAAAUUCUGCGUCAAAAGAAACUCUCCGAAAUGAUGAAAAAAAUCGCGGAUUCGAAGCAGAGCGACGACGAGACAAGUGAAACCUACCAGGUUUCUGCUGCUGAAACUGAGAUCCCGGAGUUUGAUGAAGCCAGUCGUGUGCUUGAGGGCAUAACGCCCACUCCCAUUUCAUGCAAUCAAUCGAACCUAUCAUUCCCGGGAAACCUCUCGCUUUAUUCACGUCCAGCAAAGCUGAAAUGUCGUGUUCUGUCGGUAUUCGCAGAGCAGACUGCAUCCAUCUCAUCCCCUGCCUUCGCGUAA